UGGAGGAUAACAGUUCACUGUAUCACAGGAGAGGUCAAGGUGUCUCAGGCUCAGGUCUGCUCUGCUCAGAGGCCUUAAAAUCUUAGGGGGUGUCUCAUCUUCUACCAGAUUUAUUCCUCUCUUCUUCUUUACUGACACAUUUAACUGGCCGAUCCUUUUACUGCAAUUUUUUUUUGGACCAUUUCUUGAGUACCUAACACCUCUGUCUGCUAAUGUCACCAUUUCUUGGCUCUUUUUGGGUUUUUCUUUGGCUUUUGUUUUUCUUUUGGACCCUAAUUUCGUUCUUUGGAUGCUAGUUCUUCUCCUCUGUUCCUCUAUCUGCCAGUGAAAGUUACAGGAAUAGGUUGAUAAAAAGUUUUGUGCUUGAAGAGUUGAAGUUGAAGAAUAUGGUUGUGUGAAUAUUGAGUUACUGCAGAUGGGAUUUGGAUGAUUUCUGUUUCUAAGAAAGGAGAAAAGAAGGAGCUUCUGGUUUCCUGCAUUCUAGGAUCUCAGAUAAGAUAAUGGAGGCGGAGAGAAAGCGUCCAAAGGGAAGCUUUUUUCACUUCUUUGAUUGGAAUGGGAAGUCACAUAAGAAGCUGUUCAUGAACAAUUCUGAAUUAUCUGAAGGAUCAAAGGAAGGAAAAGAAAAUGUGGAAAGUAUGGCUAAACCACAGCUUCAUGUGACAGAGACGGAUGAUAGAAGAGCAAAUUCGAGCAACAAAGAGAGUAGUGACUUUCGUUGUGCUUCAUCAGUCACUAGUGAUGAAGGAUAUUCAACCAAAGCACCUGGUUUGGUUGCUAGACUUAUGGGCUUGGAUUCUUUGCCGACAUCAAAUGUUGUGGAACCCUCUUCUACUACUGUUUAUGAUUCUGCUUUACUUAGAGCAUCCCAAUAUGAUGGGAGCAUUCCUAAUAUGUUUAGUGAUUAUAAUGCCAUGGAGUACCUUAACACUUUCAGUAACCAGGAAGAGUAUUCUUGGAAUUCUUCACUAUCAGGGUUGCAAAAAGUGCAGAACCGGCCAAUUGAGAGAUUUCAAACUGAAAUAUUGCCUCCAAAAUCAGCUAGAUCAAUUCCUAUAACCCACCAUAAGCUCUUGUCUCCAAUCAAGACUCCUGGAUUCAUCCCAACAAAGAAUGCGGUUUACAUAAUGGAGGCAGCUGCAAAGAUAAUUGAGACAAGUCCUAAGGCAACUAUAAAUGGCAAAGUGCCAUCUACUGGGGCGUCUUCAGUUCCAUUGAGAAUUCAGGAUUUGAAACAGAAAAUGGAGACUGCACGAGCAUCAUCUGAGCCUCAAAGAUCAAGUGCAUUGUUUGCUGCCAAGAUUACAAAAGCAAAGCAUGGUGACAAGAGUCAGAGUGGGUCACAAAGCAUGCCAUCAUGCAAUGCUUCAACAUUUUCUAAAAAAGAUGCUUCUAGUUCAAAGAAUAAGGGAAAACCGGUUCCACUUUCAGUACGAGCAAAGCCCAAUCUUCAUAGAAGAGAGGAAGCAACAUCAAGAAAUAACAACAUUAAGCAGGAGAAAAAGGAGAUUAGUUCUAACCAGUCAGUAAAGAGCCUUCCCAGUAUACAAAAGACCAAGAGAACUUCUGAAGGAAGGACUAACAAUGCACUCAGGCAGAAUAACCAGAAGCAAAAUUGUCUAUCUGGCAAAGCGAGUUCUACUUUGGAGAAUUCAGUUCCUAACCAGCCAGGCAGAAAAGUUCAGUCCACGAGUGGUUCUGUUGGGGAAAGUAGGACAGCAAAUAAAGUUGUUUUAAAGCCUGAAUCUAUGUCCAGAAGGUUGCGCUCUGUGGUGACAAAUUCUGAAAGGGACAAACCAAAUAAUACAUCUCGGAGGAAACAGUCUGUAAAGGGUGAUAAUCUAACUGAGAGAUGUGUUUCUGAUAAUGCUGAGAGAUGUGUUUCUGAUAAUGUACCAUUUAAUCAAGAUGAUGCAUCUUUAAAAUGUAAAGUUGUAUUAGAUGGAAGCAUCACCACAGCUGGAAAAAACAGGAAAAAUGGCAUGGAUGUUAUUUCGUUUACAUUCACAUCUCAUGUGAAGAGGACAACACCUAAUUUCCAGCCCUCGGCGAUUGGAAAAUGUAACAGCUCCGCUGUUGAUUCUUUUGGUAGUAAUGAUCAUCCUUACUUCCAAAAGUCCACAUCUUCUUUUCCUGGGUUAAGUAUAAUUGAAGGUGAUGCUUUGGGUGUUCUUUUGGAACAAAAGCUGCAGGAAUUAACAAAUAAAUUUGGAUCAUCAGAAUGUAACACAAUCAGAGAUGACAAUUCUGUUAGUUCUACAUCCAGUUUGCAAAAUUCCAUGUCCAAAUUCAAUGCAGUUAACAUCAUUCCUGCUGCAGAAAACAGGAGGAUUCAACUUAUAGAAAAAGACAAGUCAGACCACCCAGAUAACUUCGAUUGCUUUUCUGUGGAGGGUCCAAAAUUUACCAAGAACCAGAAAUGGCAGAGAUCUGAAGAAGUGGAACAGCACAGCUGUAGUUGUUUCAGUGAAGUUGAAAAAGAUCUUGAAUGUCAACAUCCUAGUCCAGUUUCAAUUCUUGAACCUUCUUUUGAGAGUGGAAGUUGCUCAAAUGCCUACGUUCAAUCUGAGGAUUUGCUCAAUGAUUGCUCUACUUAUGAAUCCCUAGAAAUGGAAGGAGAGGCAGAAUUAUCAGAUUCAGCCUCCUCAAUAUCUACAGUAGACAUGAGAAGAAAGCUGACUAGAACAUUCACCACAACAGAAUUUAUGGAAUCAAGCGACUGGGAACUGGAUUAUGUGAGGGAUGUACUUAACAAUGCAGAAACAAUGUUGAAAGAGUUCACGCCGAGUCAGACGCAGAAGGUCAUAACUCCACAUCUGUUCCAUCAAUUGGAGAAUCAAGAGAAUGGAGUAAAAAGAAAUGAAGAAGACUACUACAAGCUCGGGAGAAAGGUCUUGUUUGACUGUGUCAGCGAACGGUUGGAGCUCAUGUUCAGACAAGCUUUUGUUGGGAGCUGCAAGUCAUGGGCUAAACUAUGGACAUUAUUUCAAAGGAAAGGGUGGUUGGCAGAGGAAAUGGUAAAGGAGAUCUCAGGUUGGAAAAGCAUGGGAGACUUAAUGGUGGAUGAGCUUGUGGACAAGGACAUGAGCUCUCUGUAUGGAACAUGGCUUGACUUUAACAUAGAAGUAUAUGAAGAGGGUGUAGUGAUUGAGAAGGAGAUUCUAACUUCAUUGAUUGAUGAACUGGUUUCUGAUUUGUUUAUCAUGUAAAGCCCUUGAAGCAAAGCUUCUCUUCCAUUAAUUUCUAGUGUUGACCUUGUAAUUUUCUUCUGUUUUUGAGUAGCAAAUAUAUAUUAUCAAUAUCAUACAUUCAUGUCCAUUAUCAAUAUCAUACAGCUUGCUUCUC